GACGACGUCCCGGCUGACUGGCAGGCUGCAGCUAGGCUCGGAUGCAGGCAGCCGAGUCCGCACGGCUGACCGUGGUACCAGCCGGCCUGGUGGUUAGCAUGGAAUUUUUGCACAGAGCGAACUGCCAAAUGCAUUUGCACCGGCGGAAAAAAAGAGACCCGUAGUGGCGCAAAUUACAAAACCAGUUCAUUUCGCCGUUCUUUAUGGCUUCUGGCUCCGGGAAUGAAGAGGGAAACACGGAAGGCGUUUCAUGGAGACUCAUAGGCCCGGCCUCGGAGCUUUCCAAGAAGCGCUGCCGUCUAAUGUACUCCUCCCUCGGCUACGACUCUGAUGUCUGCCUGUUCUAUGUGAAGGGGGAGUUUUUUGCCAUGGACGCCCGCUGUUCGCACUCCGGCGGUCCUCUGUGUGAGGGGGACAUUGAGGAGGCUGAUGGAGUCCUGCAGGUCUUCUGUCCCUGGCAUGACUAUGACUUUGACCUCAGGACUGGGAAGUCAGGCACCUCCUUACAGGAGGCAGGAAGCUUCGGUUGCAGACUGCAGCGAGGAGCCAAUGGGAACAGUCACAGCUUGAUGCAGUCAAAUCAUGCACUUUUAUCAGAUGGAGGAGGUUCUACUGAUUGAAAUGAGUCAGUUAAGAUCAUUUUCCCCUUUUAUUCAAUCAAACAUGUUUUGCUCCCGUCUUCUGCUGUUUGGAUGAGAGAAUCAAUGAAACAGUCCAAACAAGAGCUUCAAUUUCCACGAACAUCUCAUUCUGUCCUCUAUUAAUCAUUUUUUAUAAACCGUCUUUUUUUUUUACACAUCGCUGCAAUGAAAUCUAACGACAAGUGUUAUGUUUUCACAGGAGGAUUUACUAUCUCUUUAAUACACCGUAAACGUGCUUGUGCUUUGGCACAUUAAGGUGCUGUCAGAGUUCCCACUGCUUCCACAGUAGCUCUAAGUGGUGGGUUUCUUCUCCAUCUUCCAGCUCUUGUGUCUUUGUUCUGAUUGUUUCAGCAACAAGUGUAUGAAGUCAAACUAGAGGACGGCAACGUGUACGUGAAACACUCCAGUCGUCUCUCCUUACUGCCUUUUCCUGCCAAUCAGAAAAGCUGAACAACCUUUGCCCAGCUGCUUCAUCCUUCAGCCCCAUGGUUAGACCUCAGAUCGUCUGAUUACGGAGCCUCCUGCCUGUAGCGAGCCCGGGCUAUUUUUAAGACUUGUUCCACAAACCCAAGCCAUCCGAAACAUUCCUAAGCCUUAUCUGUCAUUUUCUCAGAACUGUUUUCUGCUUUGAUUGCUGUGGACUCAGGACGAUAUCAAGAAGACUGCCUGAAGAGGACAUGACAUCAUUAAAUUGUUUCAGAGUUUUUCUUGCUGCCAUUCCAGGAAGAGACUCAUCCCAGAUGCUGAACAUGGAGAGCUGUCAGCCAACUGCUGACCUUGACGACACACCAAACAGUGGCAAAUAUGCAAAAUGAAAACACACAUUUUACUUUUCUCAGCAGAUGUUAUAAAACUAACCAGCAUAUUUGAUUAUUGGCAUUAUAAAACUUUUCUAUAUUUUAAGGAUUCCUGAAGAAGAUCAUAUUACUACAUCUGAUGAAAAUAUUACAGGGUGAAUAAGUUUUGAAGUAAAUCCUUUUUUCUUUACAUCAGAGCAACUCUCUACCUGUUCAUCUAUUUGUCAGUCUUUGCAAAAAUCAUAAUUGCUCUUAUGCGAUGAAUUCACAUGCAGAUAGAAAUGAAGUUUCUUUGGGUUUUGCUGUCUUAUUAGAGAUAAUGUGAGUCAUUAACAUAUAUGCAAAAUGCAGUUCAAAUCUAGUGAUCUGUAAAUUGAAAGAGACUAUGAGGACAAAAUGAGCAGUAGAGUUCAGUAAAAACUGAACAGUGCCAUCUUGAUGUCUUGACAAGAUGUGCCGAUGAUGAUUAUCAAUUAUGUGGUGUAACGCGGACGUCCGAAAAUGAGAACCAUUGUAUUGGAAUAAGCAAUACAAGUCUUCUUUGUAUGUAACCAUGAAAUAAUCAAAUAUAAUGACAUUUUCUUUCAACCACUACCAAACUAAACUGUCUCACGUUCGCUGCUACCCAUGAUGGUUUUCCUUGUCCCCAACAAGCGUUACCUGUGGUCUCAAACUGUUUGACUCACAGACAAGAAAUCACGCUUGCUGAGUUGUGGCCUUUGGAUAAAUUUAGACACUUAUUCCAGUGAUGUCACGCAACAGAAACUCCCUUUCAGAAUUUGAGUUUUCUGGAUUGUUUUCUAACCCAAAUAGCGUUCCAGCGAGUAGAACACACAUGAAGGGCACCGCAAUUACGACUGCAGGCAGCCCUGGUGCUAAGAUGUCUCCAUCAGCAUUUCUCUCCAUUCCUGGCCCGUGCACAGACAGGUUUGUCUGUUACUGACGCAAUGGGAUUUAAAAGAAACAGUUAGUAAGGCGCCGGAGGAAGGUUCACGACCUGAAAUGCACCAUUGACUCAAGAAAAAUGUGUUUUUCUAGCUUUGUGUGUGUGUAUGUGUGUGUGUGUUUUCUUUAUUCCUUCGUGGUGAGAGCAGUCACUCACUAUAUUUUCUGUCAGCUCCGUAUUCUGGCAGAUGCACAGAGCCCAGUCUAGUAGGUGUCAGUGACAGUGUGGCACAGUGCUCGUUUUCCUCUCUGCUGUGUUCCCUGUUGUGCAGCUUUAUUACAGUAAUAAUUCCACUGCCUAAAAAUGGCUGUCAUGUGAUGCAGAGGUCUCACUGUGUGCAUUAUAACUCAUCACCUGGUGAGGUCAGACUUUUGCACUGUUUCCUCAACUAUUUUUCAUACGUUCAGUUGAUUUUAACCUGUUUAUUCCUUUGUUGUUUCUUGUGUGAGCUAUGGAUCUGGUCUAUAUGUUAAGAAUAUCUGCUGACUGCGUACACUAACUUGUGGUACGUUUAAUUUUAGCUGUGUAAUAGUUGUGAGUUAGCAUUGUUUUAUUUGUUGUAGACCGUGUCUAUUGUUAUUUAUGAAAAAUUAUGUUCAUCUGUUAUUUAAUUCACAAAUUAAAUGAUUUUCUUAGCAUUA